AUGAAGACUUAUUCUAUUAACUAAAUAUAGGGUGCCUGAUUUCUGGCCCCAUAUUAUUUUGAUACAUACUGUGUAUAUACAAGGGUGCAGAAGGGCAUGGCAAUCAACAGCCUCUGUGCCCCUCAACAUCCAGAAAAAGAUACUAAUAAUAAUAAUAAUAAUAAUAAUAAUAAUUCUUUGAAAGAGAAACAGAGCUGCAGAGGUUUACUUACAAGAGAAACUCUGCAUAUGCCAAUAUUCUUCUUGUAUGAUCAGCACACCUUUCUGCAGUACUCUAUUGUCUCUUUCAAGGAAUUUCCACCACCUUUUCCUUUUUCUUUGCUAGCUGUAAUAGAUCAAAAUGGUUGAGGCGGGGGUCUCACAAGCAGACAAAACCGAGUUCACCGAGUGCUGGAAGACAUCAUGGAGAACGCCUUAUAUUAUGAAGUUAGCCCUGUCAGCUGGCCUCGGAGGACUGCUCUUUGGAUAUGACACUGGUGUUAUUUCUGGUGCCCUGCUCUACAUAAAGGAGGAUUUUCCAUCCGUCGAGAAGAAGACAUGGAUGCAGGAAACCAUAGUGAGCAUGGCUGUUGCUGGUGCCAUCAUUGGUGCUGCAAUUGGUGGAUGGAUGAACGACAGGUUUGGAAGAAAAAUAUCAAUUAUGGUGGCUGAUGUUCUCUUCUUUGCUGGUGCAAUCGUUAUGGCUGCUGCUCCAGCCCCAUGGAUGAUCAUCCUGGGUAGAAUUUUUGUGGGAUUCGGAGUUGGAAUGGCAUCUAUGACUGCUCCCCUUUACAUAUCCGAAGCUUCCCCUCACAGGAUUAGAGGUGCACUUGUCAGUACAAACGGUUUUCUUAUCACUGGAGGCCAGUUUCUCUCAUAUCUCAUCAAUCUAGCAUUUACCCAUGUCAAUGGCACAUGGCGUUAUAUGCUCGGCGUUGCUGGUCUUCCUGCAGUCAUUCAGUUUGUUUUGAUGCUCUCUCUCCCCGAGUCUCCAAGAUGGCUUUUCAGAAAUGGUAAAGAAGAAGAGGCAAAGUCCAUCUUAGAGAAGAUUUACCGUCCUGAAGAAGUUGAGGAUGAGUUGCAAUCCCUGCGAGCAUCGAUUGAGGAAGAGAAAAAGGAGCAAGUAGCAGAAGGUGGCUUCUUUGGCCAACUCAAGAAUGCCUGGAAGAAUGAUGUAGUCAGAAGGGGGCUGUAUGCUGGAAUUACGGUUCAGGUGGCUCAGCAGUUUGUGGGUAUAAACACAGUUAUGUACUACAGCCCAACAAUUAUCCAGUUUGCAGGAUUCGCAUCAAAUAAGACAGCAAUGGCACUGUCUCUCAUCACUUCUGGACUAAAUGCCAUUGGCUCCAUUGUCAGCAUGUGCUUCGUGGAUCGCUACGGGAGGAGGAGACUUAUGAUCAUUUCUAUGAUUGGGAUCAUUUCCUGCCUUGUGGUGUUGUCUAUUAUCUUUUUCCAGGCCUCUGUCACUGCCCCCAAAAUCAGCCCAACAGAGACUGCAUCUUUUGGUGGUAACUCCACUUGCGAAGCUUAUACAAAAGCCAAGGAUGCAACAGCUUGGGGCUGCGUGAGAUGUCUGCAGAAGGAAGCUGGUUGCGGUUACUGCUCAGCAGAAGGCGGCAUAUAUCAACCCGGGGCAUGUCUAGCAGUAAAUGAUGCGGUGAAAGGUGCAUGCCGAGCAGCAAAAAGAACAUGGUAUACAGAAGGCUGCCCAAGCAAGAUUGGAUUCUUGGCUGUAAUAUUCCUGGCUUUGUACAUCAUUAUCUACUCGCCCGGCAUGGGCACUGUGCCAUGGAUUGUCAACUCUGAGAUAUACCCACUCAAGUACAGAGGGAUUGGUGGAGGGAUUGCUGCUGUUGCAAAUUGGAGUUCAAAUCUGGUGGUCAGCGAGACAUUCUUAACACUGACUGACCAUCUGGGCUCCUCUGGAACCUUCCUAUUGUUUGCAGGGUUCUCAUUGAUUGGGCUCAUGUCUAUUUUCCUCCUCGUGCCAGAAACUAAAGGGCUGCAGUUCGCAGAGGUGGAGAAGUUGUUGGAGAAAGGGUACUCCCCUUUUAAGAAGAGUAGCAAGAAAGUAAAGAAAGAAAAGGAUGGUCACAGCAGUUAAUCUAUCCAGAAAUUCGCAUAAUGUUGGAAAACGGGCACAUAUAUCUAUUCAUCUAGUUUAAAGCAAUCUUCUACAGUUAUAGAUUUGUAGUUAACCAACUACCCUUAUAUUGGAAUGAAAGAACUAUUUCAAGUA